GGAUAACGAUAACCGAUAAGCCUGAUAAGAUGAGACAUGACAUGAUGGACAUGAGACCUAGUGGAAGUCGAAGUGCUUUUCUAAAUAUUGGUUUUUAUGUGAAAUAAUCUUGAGUUCACACAAUGAAAAUUUCCCUUACGAAAUGGAUCUAUCUGAAAUUAUUUACAAAUUCGUUCUUUUGGGCAUGUUUUCAUUUUGUGCCUAUUCGGAUUUCAAUAUAAAGGAAAUAGCAAUCAACAUUAGUGAAGAAAUAAUAGAAAUGAAAAAUAAUGAGUUAGGAGUUCCUUUUAUUGAGAAUCUUUAUAAGAAUUUUAAUUUCUUUCCAUGGAACUCCAGCGUGGCUAAUAGAGUUGGUGAUAUAUCUCAUAAAUUUGAAUCCAAGAUUGCAAAUAUAUUUGCUGUCAUUGAAACUGGUAAAAUCUUCAUCAAUUCCCAGUUAGAUAGGAGAAAUAUAUCUAGCAUUUCAGCACUAACACCUUGCAUUGAGAAGAUGUUUAAAAUACCCAAAAAUGCUAGCUCAGAUGAGUGUCUGAGUAUUUUUCAUUUGUUAGAGUACUCUGAAGUUUUCCUGGAAGUUUCAGAGAAAAUUAAGAAAAUCAUGGGUUCAGUAUCUCCUACUGUGAAAAGGGUUUAUUUGAUUUCCAAUGCAGAAAUUGAACAAUCACAAAGAACUCCCUUUCACCAUUGCAUUGGUUGUGAUGAGAGACUCGUUUGGGAUCAGUUCAUGAGAAGAAAUAAUUAUGAACAUAAGAAUGUAGUUCUCAUCUUGGAUGUAGGAGGAUCUAUAAGUCAACAUCAAUUCCAAAUUAUGAAAUCUAUUGGCAAAAAAAUGCUUUCAGUAUUGAACAGUAAUGAUCUUAUUGCAUUUUUCACAAUAAGUUCAAAUUAUUCUUUCUUGGAAAGUGAUUGUGCUAGAUAUAAUGAUCUAGAAGUAGUGAACAGCACACCAGGAUUGAAAUAUGCUAAUUCAUCAUAUGUGCUGCAGUUGAGUAAUUAUAUUGAUGCCAUUGAAAAUGAAGUUGGCUUAACAGAUCAUGUGCUAGGUUUUGAGACUGGAUUAAAAAUCAUUGAAAACCACAUGGAGCUUAUAAAAAAUGAAACUGUCAUGAUGUUAUAUGUGAGUAGAGGAUUAUUAUCAUCUCUUUUGGAACCAAAACAAGUGAUGGAAAUGAUGAGAACUUUCACUGAUAAAAAUAAUGUUUCAUUGGUUAUCAACACAUGUGCUAUUUAUGAAGAUUCUAAACCAGUCAUGUAUGAACCUCAGUUCUUGAAUGAUAUUGCAACUCAAAAUUACACAAAAUACAACAUAUCUUAUAAAUCUAAUGUCCAUCACAGAAAAGGUCUUAUGCUCAAAGUGAACAGUGAAGAAAGUAUACCUUUUGUUGUUGAACGAUUUUACAGUGUUUUCAAUCCCUCUUUUUUGUUCCAUACUGGCAACAAUAUAUCUUUGCCAAAUUUGUAUGAUGAUAGUAAGGAAUUGACUAUGUCCUUUACAAAUGGGUGGACAUUCAAUAACAACUUUUUGAUGCUUGGUGCUGAUAUGGAUUUCUCCAGCUUAUUGGAGGAUUUUAUUUACUACAGUGGCAAUCAAGAUCAUUCUUACAUAUUUCUCAUGGAUUUUGAUGGAAAAAUCAUUUUCCACCCAUAUUACUUCAGAUCCUCUGAGGAAUCUCAUCCCUCAGUUUUUGUUGAUUUAGAGGAAGUUGAGAAAGUAAUAGAUCCAAAUACCCUGAAAAGUAAACUUCUGAACGAGAAUAAAGGGGUUUAUACAACUUAUAAAAUCAAUUCUUCUGAUCUGUUUCAGUACUAUUGGAAUACUGUGGGAGACAAUUAUGUUGUUUGUAUAACAGUAAAUACUAAAUUUGGACCAUCGAAAAAACCUCGUAAAUCGAUUUGGGUACAAAAUGAAUUUAUGUACCAAAAUUGGGAAGAUUACAAGCUUUGUCGUCAUCUGAAUCUGUUGGCUACUAAAGAUGUCAGUUCUCUCUACUUGAGUCCAACUUGUUUCCGGUCUCCUCUUACAGCAUCACUGAAUAUGCAAGACAAAGCAGAAGCACUAGGAUUCAUUGCAUAUUUGAAGGACGACAGCAGAAUUCUUCUUAAUCCAGGCUUAAAAGAUGAUGUGCGGGAUGAAGUGUCUCUAGUAUCGUAUGUACUGAACUUUCUUCAGAAGAAUCAUUUUUAUUCAACAAUGUCUAAUUACAUAGUGAGACGAUAUGCAUCAUCUAAUACAGGGGUUUUUCAAAUAUUCCCUGGGACUGUGCUCAAACCAGGUUGGAUAUCCACAAAUAGCCGGUGGUUCACUAAAGCAUGGGAGCAUAAUGGAAAUGUUGUUUUCAUUCCACCUUACUCCGACAAAGGGGGAGCAGGUUAUGUCGUUACAGUUGCUUACGCUACAUCUGAACUAGUGGUAGCAAUGGAUAUAACUUAUGGUUACAUGCUUAAGGUGCUGGUGAAGUACCUACCAGACUGUCUUAGUGAAAAUAUCACUUGUUUUAUGUUCGAUGACGAGGGAUAUAUUAUUUAUCAUCCGAAUUUGAUGGAAAUCGGUGGUACAAAGCCGGUAGAACAGCAGCAUAUUGUGCAUAAGGAGUCAUUAGUAUCGAAUGAUAUCCUAAAUCACAAACAUUUCAUUCGUAAGUUGCUCUGCAAUAGCUACAGCGACAAUACAAUACAACGAUAUUACAAACUGAACACUAGUUUUAAGGAUGUGCUAGUCAAUUUCGUUCCUGGUGAACACUGUGUUACAUAUCGAAUCACGAGCGUGCCGGACACUAACGUAUUCAUAGGUAUAGUCAAUACUUCUUGUAAUUUCGGAUCCACUUUCUGUCCAUGUAGUAUAGUGGAUCGUCUCUGCUUGAAUUGUAAACGAAUGGAACAGAACGAGUGCGAGUGUCCUUGCGAGUGCCCUUUAGUUAUGGAAAAUGAUAUUUGUGAUACAAAAUUUGACAAAUCUAACAUGACUGAUAAUUUACCGUGUACCCAACACAAUGAGGAAUCUUUAGGUAAUAAAUUUAUUUUCAAUACUGACUCUAACUUGGAACCUUGCUUUCCAAUAACUUGCUAUGCCCAAAAAACUUACUUGGACUGUCUAGGGCUGCUAGGAUGCCAAUGGUGCCUAUACGACGCAGAUAGAAAUUAUCUCAAGGACCCAUUCUGUGCGUCUAUAACUACCUGCCUUAACGGUGUUUUUGAUGCUUCCGAAUUUUAUUUAGGAACUCUUCCAAAUUCAGAGUUUUCUCCGGUAGGGCCAAUCCUCGGGUCCAUUAUUGCCAUAUCAGUAUUGUUUUUACUCCUUUUCUUCUGCUAUCGAUCUUACACCAACCAUAUGACUGAAAGAUUCAAUUUGUCUUCCACACAUGACCAAUUGCGAAUGAGUGACUUAAAUAUAACUGAUAAUUUUCACGAUUCGGGGAACCACAGAGAUAAACUCUUGGAAGAGGAACAUCCUAAUGUAAUUUCUCCUUACUGUGUGGCUAGUACAUAUAGACGGGCAGCUAUACCUGCUGAUUCGGAUCAUGGUUAUUCAACCAUGACUCCUCAUGAUGAAUCUGAACACUUGUCAGUGGCACCUGUUGAAGUUGACUCUCUGGAAGAUGACAUAACGUCCGAUAAUACCUCGAUUCAUACCAGCAUUUCAAACAAGGAAAGCCCAAAAGUAUUAUUACCAAUGUUUACUAGGAUUCCUAAUAGGAAUUGCAUAACUGUACCAGUGACUGUUCAUAGAAAUAGGGAGAUAACCUGACAAACAGCCUAUUUUCAGUAUUCGCACAUAUUUAUUGCCAUGUAUGUAAAUGUAUAUUCAUAUAAAAGGGAGCAUGUUCCCAGUACAUUGUAUUUUUGUAAAUAUUUUUUAUUGAACGCCUAUUACUAAAAGAAAUUGUUACUAAA